GGCGGAGAGGUGGUUCGGAGACCGAGCGGGACCGGGGCGUCUCACAGCCCGAUCCCACCCCGGCGCUUUGCAUAAAUAAAUAAAUCAUGCGGAGAAGGAGAGGUGGAGAGAGCGGGCGAGCAGAGGAGGUUACUUUGGGAAGCCGCGGCUCGCUCAUCCCAGCCCCGUCUUUUGGAGGGAGUGUGUCAUGUUACAGAGGAGCCACGAUCAGCCAGAGCGCAGCGUCGCCGGAACAGCUGAGAAUUACCUCUCUCUAAUGGGGACUUUCAUGUGUGAGCUCCUGGCCGGUCUGCGAAGGAACUGAAACUGGCAGCUUAAAAGGAAAUCAAAACCUACCAGCGACUCAAAAGACUGAAAGACAGAAAAAAAAAAUUCUCAUAAGAUUUUUUUUCUCUCCGAAUCUUUUGCUGCAGUUGGAUCAAUUUUUUUUCUUUUUCUUUUUCUUUUCUUUUUUUUAUUUUUUCUGCGCCCCUUUUUGUAUGUGUGUUUUUAUUUUGCAUUUUUUAGACACCCCCAUCCACUUUUGUCAUUCUUGCUGUUAACUGUCAUUUGCUGGCACCGGGAUCUCCUUGGACAUUUGUUUUCUAUGCCUUCUGGAUUGUGCUUCUUGAAAUAGGAGGGAGGCUUUAUUUAUUCUAUUUAUUUAUUUAUUGUUUCUCAGGACAGGGAGGGAAUGUUGGAGGAGAAGAGCUGGAAAGGUGUUGGCGAAACAGCUUUUGAAAGGGGGUGCGUGGCUACCCCCAGGGCCGGCGACGGGGAGAGAUGCUGCCGCCUCCCGCUGCUGCUGGGCUCGGGGCUGCCCGGCAUCUCCCUGCUCUCUCUGGUGCUCAGCCUCCUGCUGUACUUUCGGACCUCUGAUCUGCAAUCCCGGGUGUCCCACUUGGAAGCGGACAGAUCCACGCAGCUCCCUGCCUGGCUCUCAGCAGACCAAAUGGAGACGGCUAUUUUGGGAAGAGUUGACCAACUGCUUGAUGAGAAAUUGAAGUUUCACUUGCCGAGACAUCGAGAAGUUCGAGAGACUCACCAGCGAUGCAACUGCCCAGCAGGUCCACCUGGCACUACGGGAAGACCAGGACUUCCGGGAGACAAAGGCGCAAUGGGGAUUCCUGGACGGCCGGGACUAAAAGGGCAACCUGGAGAGAAGGGCGCUCCAGGAGAAGCAGGCAUGUCUAUCAUUGGGCCCCGUGGUCCACCCGGACAGCCUGGAACAAGAGGUUUUCCUGGAUUCCCGGGUCCUAUUGGCUUGGAUGGCAAACCGGGUUAUCCCGGACAGAAGGGAGAGAUGGGCGCCACAGGUCCCAGGGGACAGCCCGGACCCCCAGGACAAAAAGGAGAAAAGGGUCAGUGCACAGAGUACUCCCACAGGGAGUACCUAAGUACCACCCUUGCAGCCCUGCGCUCUAACCAGAUCCUUACGCUGAAGGGUGAACAAGGACAAGCAGGAAUCCAAGGUCCUCCAGGGCCACCUGGCCCGCCGGGGCCCGCUGGACCAGCUGGACCCGAGGGAACCCCAGGACAGCCCGGACCAAUUGGGCCACCUGGCAGAGCUGGAGAACCUGGGAAGCCUGGCAGAGAUGGAAAGGGCUUACCUGGGCCUCCUGGAGCAAAGGGAGACCCUGGGAUUCAAGGAUACCCUGGCAGAAAGGGCGAGGCGGGCAUGUCAGGCCUGCCUGGUGCGCAUGGCCUCCCUGGAGCUACUGGCCCCAAGGGUGAAAAAGGGGACACUGGCAUAAAGGGAGAGAGAGGCAUGCCAGGGCUGCCAGGAAGACAUGGCAUGAAGGGUGCUCCUGGAAUUGCCACGGCAGGGAUGAAGGGUGAGCCUGGGACUCCAGGAGAAAAGGGAGAGCCUGGAGUCCCAGGGAGGAUGGGCCCCCCAGGUUUGCCAGGGAAAAGGGGGCAGCGGGGUGAGAAGGGCCGAGCUGGUGAUCCUGGGCUCCCUGGCCCGAAGGGAGAGAAGGGAAAUGGUGAGAAUGCCUUGGUGGGAAGCAAAGGGGAACCUGGCCCUCCUGGUCUGCCUGGGCCCCCUGGACCAAAGGGAGAAGCUGGUGACGUUGGUGCUGCAGGAUCACGGGGGGAAAAGGGAGAACGUGGUACACCAGGAGAGCAGGGACCCAUGGGGCCUAGGGGUCCCAAAGGAGAGCCUGGAAAGGAUGAAAUGAUGGACUACGAUGGUAACAUCAGUGAAGCUCUCCAGGAAAUACGAACCUUAGCCUUGAUGGGACCGCCAGGACUUCCAGGUGUGGCUGGACCUCCAGGGCCACCAGGACAGAAGGGUGAAAUUGGCUUACCAGGUCCUCCAGGCCAUGAUGGAGAAAAGGGACCACGAGGCAAGCCAGGAGAAAUGGGCCCCCCUGGACCUCAUGGACUGCCAGGAAAGGAUGGACCACCUGGAAUAAAGGGAGAGCCAGGCCAGAUUGGGGUUGCAGGAGAAAAGGGGCAUAAAGGAGAGCCAGGACAAGCAGGCUCACCAGGUCUUGAUGGCCCCACUGGAGAGAAAGGAGAACGAGGCGACCAAGGGAUGCCAGGACCACCAGGAUUGCCAGGUCCCAUUGGACUUCCAGGAUUGACAGGAGAGAAGGGUCAGCCUGGGGAGCGUGGAGACAAAGGAAAUCCAGGAGAAUCGAUGUCUGGCCCCCCCGGACCUCAAGGCCCACCAGGACCUCCAGGUCUUCAGGGCCUUCCAGGACCAAAGGGGGAAGCAGGGAUUGAUGGAAUGAAAGGAGAGAAGGGUGUCCAGGGUGAAAAAGGAGACAGAGGGCCACUGGGAUUACCCGGUGCUUCAGGUUUAGACGGCAGGCCUGGACCACCGGGUACUCCAGGACCAAUUGGGGUUUCGGGACCAGCAGGACCAAAAGGAGAAAGGGGUAGUAAAGGAGAUCCUGGAGUUGUAGGACCAAUGGGACCAGCAGGACUUCCUGGUUUACAAGGUCUGCCAGGUGACAAAGGAAUCCGGGGGGAGAGGGGCAAGAAAGGCUCUAGAGGGUCUAAAGGGGAUAAGGGAGACCAAGGAGCGCCUGGAUUAGAUGCACCCUGUCCGUUGGGAGAAGACGGCCUUCCAGUUCAAGGCUGCUGGAAUAAGUGAUUGUUCUAACCCUGGACUGGCCUGUGUGUGUUAUUGUACAUAGAAUAUUUAUUUUUAUACAGCAUUCUUCUCUGAAAUGCUCAAAGUUAUGCAUUUUUACAAAUUAUCAAGAAGCUGCAUAUUUUUUGUACAGGAAAUACUAGAACUCCCUUCGUCCCUGUUUGUCAGUUCUCUGUGUAUGUCUUCAUUAUGCUUGUUUUGUCAUGGAGUACAGCUGUAACAUUUACAUGAUACGUGUAUGCACAUGAUGGAUAUAGGAACUUAAUAAAUUAUUGCAUUAAAAGUGCCCAAAAAAACUGCCCUGUAUACCUUCUAAAGCAAUUUUCUUUUUUUUUUCAAGCUGGAGUCAUUCAAGAUUAUUUCAAAAUACGAUGUAUUUUUAUUAAAGAAAAACAUUUACAGGUUUUUGUUGAUUCAAUUAAGGUAUUCCUGGGAAAACACACAGUAUAAUGGGAACUUAGAGAUUCCCUGACUCAUCGUUGUGGAACAAGAUGAUGUUUCAUGAACAGAUUCAGACAGCCAAGUGCAACCCACCACAGUUCCUUAGGGCGGCCCAGUGCCUGUGCAAGAAACAGAACACCUCAAAGGCCAUACUGGCUGACUCUUGCCUCUGGCCUUAGCCAUUACUUACCUGGAUUAACUCCCAUGAUGAUAAGUCCAGGAAUUUAAGAAUCUUCCUGAAUCAUGGGCCUGCAACUACCUUCAUUUAAAAUCAAACAUAUGGUAGAAUACCUUGAUGAUAUCCUAAUGAAUAUUUAUUAGAUAAACCAAUCCACGUAGCUCUUUUAAUGCUAACCAAAGUUGCAUGGAAGUUUGGAGUGCGUCAUCAUAAUUUGCAUGUGUACAUCUUAACAAUCCUCCUUGUCCUACCUUUGUUAAUGUCUAAAGCCUAAAUUAUCCAUUAAGAAAAUAAUCAGACUAAAUGAACAUCACGACAUGCUCAGAAACUUAGCAGAAGCGUGGAAACCUGAACUGAGCUUCCUCUAAGAAGCAGCAGAGUUUCUAUUGCCCUGAGUCUUUUGCUCGCUGCCCCACAGCUCCACUCUCGGAUUGCCCUGGGAGUCAGAAACUCCCUGUAAUGUUCAUUAUUUUUACAAACGUGUCUUUCUAUGCCAACAUUGUCCUUUGGAUGAAACUCUUCCACGUGCAGUGAGAUGCUUGGGGUGCUGGAAAAGAAAGAAAGCAAACUGCUGAAUACUGAGAGAUUCUUGUUUUCUCAGUACCAUUAAUAUAAAAAGAGCAGUACUUAUUUAAGCAUGGAUGCCAUAGGGCUCUAGUGUUUUAAUUAGGCACCUGUUGAACGCAAAGCAAUAAAACCCCAAUCAGCUGGCAGGAUUGGUUUGAGAAGGUGAUAGCAGCAGCUGCAUUGAAUAUCUUAUCUGGUCUUAUAACAUUGGACCCGUAAGGUAGGUAGUUUGAGUGCUUUACUCCUUCCUAAAAACGCUGGCUAUAGUUCAUCCCCAAAACAUACAGAUCCACGGAAGAAUCUGCUGGUAACUUCUGUUCCCUUUGCUGUCUGUCAUAUUUUUCUUUUGUAACUGUUGCUUGUGGUUGUAACUGCAUGGGAGGACUGCUUUUGUUUGGAUUUGCUCCAUCAUAAAAAAGAUGGUGGUGUUGUCUUAACGUAACUGCCUGCCUAUCACAAGGGUAGGAAAACAGUAACGUGUGCGGUGGUUGCUGCUGACCACAGCCUGCCUUUGUUGUGUAUUUUGAACUGAAGCAGAUAGCUGUUUCAGACUGCAUGAACACAAGGGCUGUGGGAAUAGAGAACUCAUCAUCCACUAUGGAUAAAUCAGGGGUUGCAAAUCAGAGUGCAAUUGUGCUGACCCAAAUAUAAGUGCCUCACAUUUCUAGAACAACCCCGAAGAACUGAAGUUGGGUUUGUGCUGUGCCAAAUGCAAUGGUUCCAUUUCUAGAUCCCUGCCUGCUAAAAUAUGUAGCUAGGCUGUCACUGUUUGUUGCUGUUAGCUCUGACUGGCUGUUCUCAUGUGAAAUCCUUUGUCUGCUGCUUCAAGGGUCAAACUCCUUGGCUGAUAGCCAAAAAGUGAGAUGAGUCUGGGGGUGGAGAAGCUUGAGAAAUGACAGCCAAAAAAAAAGAAAAAAAAGAAACAAGAGGGACCUUCCUGAAGAUUUGCUGAGAUGCUUUGCAAGUUCCCUCCUUGGAGCUUAGGAAGAGUUCUUCAACUGCGCACCAGGAAGCUGUGCCUGGAUAACGGCAGUGCGGGAGUCAGCGUGACAACACUCUUUGCUUUGCUUCCUGUCUUCUCUCUGAGGCCAGUGGCAGAGCUGGAAAAUGACACCAUUUAUAUUAUUCAUAUUUUUUCCUUUGGUCCUUUUCACUUCAGUCUAUUGUUGUGGUCAGACUCUUCAGAUGAAGAAUCAGGCUCAUGUCCCAGCAAUCGCUGUAUAAAUGAGUGCAAGACAGACAGUAUUUCAAUGGGGGGAUCCUUUGAUCCAGGAAAGAAAUCCUCUUGAACAGUUGUCUUCCAAAAAGUCAGACAAGCCCCAUGUGUUCAGUUCGGACUGCUGCUCUGAGAGGGCGUGAGGAAACCUUUUCCUCACACACCACCUUCUCCUGGUAAAGGAGAAAGGAGCUAAGCCUUUUGCUGAAAAGGGAAAGCCGUGCUGGAUUUUGAAGGCAUGAAGUACUUUGUCAGAGAAAGAAAAUGAGGACUAUGGACAACAGAGUUUCAUUGAAUUGUUCUUUUGCUUCCUGUACUUUGCUUCCUGGAGGUGUUCUUUCUGGAGCCCUCAAGAAAUGCACUGUUCUGCUGUCCUACUGAGGCCCUUCUGGUGGGUACCUCUCCACAGGUCUACUUACAGAUGGAAAUUAAUGAUCACAAGGGUUGAAUCCCACAGUGACAUGUUCUAAUAGAUUCAGGUUAAGGAAAUGAUGAUUUGGCAAGGUGCUGCGGGGUGCCACGGAUGCACUGGAAGUCAGGACAUCCAGCUGGGGAUAAUUCAUACCAACCCAGCUUCCCUCAUUCAGUUCCCAUUGCUGAAGGUUAAAUUCCAUUUGCACGUACUCCAUAGCAUUUUUCCACCAAAGCUCUUGCAAUAUGUUAAAAAACUGAAAUUACUGCAGAUGUAUACUGCAGACAUGACUCAUAACAUUUCUACUUCAUUGAGUACCUUGGGAAUCCAAUUUAUCCAAGCAUUAAAACAUAUAUUUAACUUUGUGUGUGUGAUUCCCGUUGGCCUACUAUUUGCAUAUUUAAGUACUCUGGUGAAUCAGGGCCAUUAUUACAGCUAAUAAUGUUAUCUAAGCCAUUAGGCAGAACUAAAUCACAAGCCAUCUUGUUUCUUCAGAGAGAAAGAGCUGAUUGUGAGUUCAUACUGAUGUAUUUUAAAGUUGAGAAGUAGUAACCUUCAUUCAAAUAGCCUUGGUCAAUUCAUCUGGAAUAGUCCUGCCUUUCUGGAAUCCCAUGGACACCUCUUCUCACCAUUGCACAGAAAGUAUACUUCUAAUGUAACUCAAGAAUUAACAAGUCCUACUUCUAGUCUCACCUGAACAAUAGAACCCUAAUUGCAAUUUUUAUCUUUACUCCAUAAGUACAGUAGAAAGGCAGUACGUUGUUUCAGUUAGGAGCCAGGCUGAUGAAAGGGUUUCUCUGUUUUAUUUGUAGUUCUUAUUUUCAUGUUGUUUUUUGUUUUGAGGGGGGAGGGAAAAGGGGAGAACCUGACCAGAACUGCAGGCGGUAGGUGUGCAUUUUUCCUUUUUUUUUUUUUUUAGCAAAAACAAUUAUGUAUAUAGUUUGAUUACAUUACUUCUACAUUUCUUUUUAUUAAUGAUAUUUUUGGAGCGAUGUGUUGGCUCUUUUCUAGAGUUUCCCUUUAAAUAUAUUUUUAAUGGGCUUCUGGAAUAAGUUUGUAGGAGUUCCUGACCCAAAGUGUCCUGAGGACAUUCCUGUUGUGUUCUUUAUUUUUUCUCCCUAAGUGCAACAGUAAGAUGGUGCUUUCCAUAGGCAAACCAAUUUUCAGCAGGGAUGAAUGUAUCCCCACAGGCCGUGCCUAGGGACCAGGUGCCAGUGAGCUCUCCCGGACGAAAUGGUUUCUCUAGAACUCUACACCUAGAGAAUUUAAAAGGGCUAUGUGACAGGCCAGCUGAUUGGUCUCUCCUGUUCUUAAGUGGUCUGUCAUAACAAAAUGAGUCUGGCAAGAGUCACUGUGUUCUCUUCAGUAGCAUUCUACAGCCUAAAAUCUCACCGACUUAGCUAAGAAGCUCUGAACCAGCCAACCAGCCAUUAAAGAUGCUUCUUGAGAACGGCACGCUCUUGGUAGUUACUUACUAUAUUAUUGCUAUUGUUUUCCCCUCUAAACCCAGCAGUUUACUUCCUCUUGAGCUCGUCCUUGGGCUUUGCUUCACACUGAGCAUACUCAACGGCAUGAUGCUCUGCUGGAUGAGGGCAACCAUUUCUUCUACACAUUUUGUUUCUCACUUUGCCCCGUAUUGCUUCCUGUUUUUCAUGGCUCAAGCAAAAUGGGCAUUUUCUCUUCUGCAUUUUUUAGAAAUGCUCAAUUGAUCACAUUUUGAUCAUUCUUCCAAUCACUUUUAUUUAUUUAUCCUUCCUGCCUUCUUGUAGCCCUUUGUUGUCAAAACAGAGCAAGAAUUAAGACUGUACAUGUUAGUCGUUUCAGGAGUGACUGUAAAGCUUCUACUGCUUAAAAUGCUACAUAGCAAGAUCAGUUUAGCUUUAUAGUUUUCCUUUGGUUGUUUGCUUGCUGAAGUUAUCAAAUAAAUGCUUUUUCUCUAACAGAAAGAAUUUAGUCAGGAUAUUGGAGUUUUUGUUUUGUUUUGUUUUGUUUUUGUCAUUUGCUUAAGAAAAUCCUGCUAGGCUCAAGGUUAGUAAGUUAAAUGUGUUAGUGAUAGAUUUGAGAGGAUCUUGUAUUCUUGCUUUCUCUUGGCUGUGUUUGCCAAUCCAUUGUUCCCAGCAGGGUUUUGCUGGGAGCAUGAAAUUCCAUUUUGUGAUAAUUCCAUUGUUUUUUCACAAUACUGUUUCAAAAAUAUUUCUUCAGUAAAUCUUCCCUUCUGCUCUCCUGCAAAGAUUUGCUUUUGCUCUGAUGUUGCACGCAAGUGGCAGAGCCAUGGAGAGAGCAGCUUCACCCUUCUGGAGAGUCUUGUAGAGAAAGCAUGCCAUCCCUUGGUGCUCGCAUCUGGAACGCUCACAUCAUUGGCACUGCAGCCAACUCUCACCUUCGUGCAACCUGGGCACCACAUCGUUUGAUGCUGGUCAGAUGUGAGUUCAUUAAUCCCUGCAGGAGGAUGAUUUCUGAAGCAAUUAGUUGUUACAUAAGUGGUUUCCUUGUAUGGUACGAGAGAUUUUUAGUUUUUCUUUGGUGGCAUAGAACGCGCAGUAUUUGAUACAGCCGUAGUGAUGAGUUAUGAGUAAACACUGACAGGGCAUUGCUUCUGUGCGUCUCUUGAACACUGUUUGAUUGAGACAUCUCAGUCUGUAUUUGCUUUUUACACUGCUUAUACUGAACCUGUAUUAGUAUUAAAUAUAGAAUGCUAUUUGGCUUUCAUUGCUGAAGUGCUGUAACGUGAUUUUGUAUUAGUGGUCAUUAUUGUUGUUGCACUGCUGACUCUAAGGUGUUAUUUCAACUCCUUUUGAUGCAGCUUGGAAUUUUUAGGCCUUUAAGAAAAUUCCACACUAAAUAAUUGAUCUGAGGGAGAGAACAAAGAGCUGUUCUUUCCCAUCAUCUUUUCAUCCGUAGCAGGAGCUUCUUCAGCCAGAACAAGUAUUUGCUUUUUCUUUUCUACUUUUUCCUCAGUAAUUCAAGAGCUUUGACUAUUUUUUUGUCUUUAAAGCAUACGUAUUCCAGGACAAUCUGCAUUUGUUACGUAUGAUGUACAUACUUUAUUUUCCCUUUUAUAAAAAUACCUGUUUACUUAUG